AAUACGCACUGGAGAUCAUCGGCGCUCUUUUCAAACCUCUUUACCGCGGAAACGACUUAACCUCGGCUUUUUAUUAACCCAUAUUAACAGAGAACCAACGAUGAGGCCAAAAUGAAUCUCUAGUGACAGAUAUCGGCUUUAAGAGAAUAUUUAUGCCGGUGAGGAUGCGCAAAGUUAACGUUUGUGAUGCUAACAUUAGCUAGCUGUCAGACUAGCAGGAUCCUAUAAAGCAAGUGUUACAGCAGAGCCAUGACCAGCAGUGCAGAGAGGAAGUUUGUCAACCUGAGGAAGCGUCUGGACCAGCUGGGCUACAAACAGACGCUGGGGAUCGAGUCUCUGCCACUGGUGGAGAAACUCUUCAGUGACCUGGUUCACACCACUGAAAGCCUGCGUAAUGCUAAACUAUCAGCAGGGAAAACAGAGAAAGAGAGCAGAAACUUUGAUGCUCUCCUGGAGCCGUACAGAGCGGAGAAUGCUCGAGUUAUCAGAGAGAACAACGAACUGCACCUCACACUCAUGAACCUGAAGGAAGACAAGGACCAAGUCAUCAGAGAGCUCAAGACCCACAUCAGAAAACUGGACCAUGAGACGUCAGAUUUGAAGUUUUUAAAUAAUCAGUAUGUGCACAAAGUCCGCUGCUUGGAGAAGGACAGCAAAGCUAAAUCUGAGCGCAUCCAACAGUUGCAGGAGAAGAACAUGCAGGCAGUGGUGCAGACACCAGGUGGAAAGAAGCGCAGCAUCCCGUUCAGACGUCAGAGGAUGCAGAUCGAUGAACUCAUACCUUCACCCUCCACUUCAGCGUAUCCCGUCUCUCAGCCAGAUGAUCCGUAUAUCGCCGACCUGCUGCUGGUGGCAGAUGGAAGAAUUAAUGAACUACAGGAAGACGCCAUCAAGCUCAGACUAGACCUGGAAAAUGCCCAAGAACAGAUCAAACACUCAAAUACUCAGGUGGAGGAGAGGGACAAAGAGAUCGAUAUGUAUCAAACGAGCAGGUAUCAAUGCAUUAUCAAAGACACUAUCAAUAAUGAUGUCAUUUCAAUCGAAGCGCAAAAUAUCAGCAAUGAGAAACUGAUUGACCAUCUCAACCUCCAGAUUGAAUAUCUGCAGGAGGCCAACAGAAGUCUGGAGCAGAAGGUGGAUGGGCUGCAGCAGAAGAAGAAGGACACCUCAGAUGAGAUGGCCAAUCUGUCUCUGAAGAACCUGGAGCUGUGUGAGGAGCUGACGCAGAUCGAUGACCUCGCGAAGCGGCUGGAGAUGGACAAGGAGCGAGUGCUGGAGACAGCUGACAUGGAGCUGCAGGAAGCUAAAAAGGAAAUCGUACGACAGCAGAAAAUCAUUGAAGAGCUGGAGGACAUUAUCACAAAAACAAGAAGGAAGCAAUCUGAGGGCGACUUUGAAAAGGACCGUCUCAGAGAUGAGCUGUCGGAGCUCAAGGUGCAGAAUGAGAAGAUGGAGGGACUUGUGAAUUUCCUGGAGGAGGAGAAAAUCAGACUGCGGGACAAAAUGGAGAAAAUGAUGGCAGCUGACAAAGACCUGGUUCUGGAGUUAGAAGCCAUGAGGACCAAAUAUGGUGUCUGUGGGAGGGAGCGCUCUCCGUCUCGUCUGGAUGGGUUUGUUAAAAGUCUAGAGGAGGAGAGGGAUUAUUAUCGCCUGGAGGCUGAACACUACAAGAGGGUUAGAGGAGCUGCUGGUCUGGAUCUAAGCCCCAGUCGUAGUCCAGGCAGGGGCAGGAGUCCAUUGUCCAGAAGGACGAGGGGUGGUGCCGCAGAGUCCGAUCUCGUGUGUGUGCUGAAGGAGAGAGACGAGCUGAAAGCUGCUCUACUCAACUUUGAGAAACACAUGGAGGAGAUCCAGAACAGUGUGAAGGUCCUCAGCACGGAGAGAGACCACUUUAAAAAACUUUUUAAGCAGACCCAAGACGAGCUGAAGAUGGCCCGUAGCUCCGAUCUGUCAGCCAACUUGUUGAACCUGAAGGAGGAAAUCAAACUGUCAGAAAUUAAAAUCCAGCAGGUGAUGGUGGAGAGAGACGAACUGAUGGAGAGACUGAAGGAUGCUCAGACUUCAGCUCUCAGAGAGAGACAGGCCGAAGAAAGAAGGAUCCUGGACCUGGAGAAUGCCGUUAAGAGUUUGGAGCAGGAGAGGCUGGAGCUUUGCUCUCAGGUGUGUCUGCUGAAGGAAAACAGGGAGGCAGCAGAGGAGGAGCUGAGGGUCCAGUCUGCUGCUCUCAUCCAGAGCGCUGAGGGGAUAACACAGCAGAGGGUCGAGUCCAACGCUCUGAGGCUGCUUCAGGAGCAGAUGGAGAAGGCACUGUCUGACUCACAGCACCGUCUGUCUGUGAAGAUGAACGAACUCCACGCUGCUCAUGAGCAGAUCGACCAACUGGAGAAGACGAUAGACAAGCUGAGUCAGCACGGCUCGAAGCACAAAGAGGAGGUGUCAGCUCUGCAGAAAUCCAUCGCUGCCCUGGACAGAGAGAAAGAUGCUCUGCAGGAUGAGGUGGAUCAAAAGACUGAAAAACUGGUUGUUCUCCAGGAGGAGUUAUUGAAGAAGGAGAAGACCGUUGAGGAUGUGAGAAUCACAGUCACAAACAUGGACAAUGCACUGGCCCAGCUACAGGGGGCACUAAACAGCCGAGAGAGGGAGAUCAGCAGCCUGAGAAGGCAGCUGGAAGCCAGUGACGAGGAGCUGAAUGGACUCAGGAGGGACAAAGAUGUUACCAUCAGAGAGAACAGGAGGCUGCAGGACGACCUGGCUACGAUGACCAGAGAGAACCAAGCCAUUCGCGUGGAGAUGGAGGAGGUUCUGCAUGAGAAGGACGAGCUGAAGUUGAGGGUCCACUCAUACAUCUCAGAGGUAUCCCGAAUAGAAAACUUGAUGGCCACAAAGGAGCAGGAGAACAGCGACCUGCUGGAGCGCUUCAGGAUAGCUCACUCCGAGGUGGAGCAGCGGGAGCAGAAGCUGCAGCAGGCUGAGGGUCAGAAUAACUCCAUCCGCCUGGAGCUGCUUUCUUCAGACACAGAGCGUCGACGCCUCCGUGAAACCGUCGGACAGCAGGAGAAAGAAAUCCAGCAGCAUACUCAGGCUCUGCAGGCAUAUGAGAUUCAGGUGUCGUCGCUGGUUCGUGGGAUGUCUCGACUGGAGGAUGAGCUGCACAAAGCUCAGAAGGAGAAGACGUCUCUAGUCUCAGAUCUGGCUUCUGUCAGAGAGCUCUGUGUCAAACUGGACUCUGGGAAAGAGCUUGCCUCACGUCAGCUCACCUCCAAGAGCAUGGAUCUGGAGAGGGUGACAGGAGAGCUGGAGGACGUCCGUUCAGAGGCUGAGCUGCUGAAGAAACAGCUGGCCAGCGAGCGUCUGACUGUCAAUAACCUGGAGAUGCUCCUCUCCACCAAUCGCCAUAAAGAGUUUCAAAACCAUCUGACCGCCAGUGAGAGGGAGUCAGAGCUGAAGGUCCUUCGUGAUAGGCUGACCCUGGCUGACAGCAAAACUGCAGAACACAGCAAGGAGGUGUCUCAGCUCCGAGGUAAAGUCUCUCAGCUGCAGACGGAGAUGGACGUCCUGAAGAGACAGCUGACUUCUGAACGCUUCGAACGUGAGCGGGCCAUCCAGGAGAUGCGCAGACAGGGUCUGUCCUUCUCGUCCCUGCAGAGCUCGCUGCCUCUCAACAGCUCAGGCUCCAGUAGUCCUCAUCAUCAGACGUCUCCUGAACGCUCCAUCCUCCGAACUCUCAACAGAUCGUCUGACAAAUCUGCAGACAGGAGCGUGAGCUUCAAAGAUUAACAACCAGAGAGACAAAGUGAGGGUGCUGAUGAGUGAGUCAGAAACCAGUAGCAGCCUUUUCUUCCUGUCUGGACAUGAACUGUGACAACUCUCCUGAACUUCAGUGUUAACAAUCCUGAACUUUCCUCUGUGCCACUUCAUCUACCAGCAUGAAUCACGUCUGGACUUUAACUAACGCUAAUAAGAGCAUUAACAGCCAAACAAACAGUCUUCUUCUAGUUUGUUAUUUAUAAAAUAUCCUCUCCUUCACUAUGUUAACAGUGAUUAAUGACAUUAGAAUGAACUCUCAUCAGGAGGAGUUUCUGAAGUGAACUUUGACCUCAAACAUGUAGAAAAUGAAGUAUGUGUUCAUUCCUGUGGACAUAAUGUUUUAUAUUCAUGUUUUUAAUGUUUAAAUUAUUAAAUUAUUCACAGAAUAAAGCCUCAACAGAAACAAGAGUCAAA